AUGUGCUCGUAUCAGGUGCUCGCCGAACCCAACUCAGUGGCUCCGCGCGAUAUCUGGAAACCAUAUUUUCCGUUUCGCACGGCUGAAAGAAGGUCCACACUUUUCAUCAGAUCCACAUAUCAAGGAGUAGUGGGAACCUGGGGGUGUCGCGUGUUGAUGCCAAGGGAUGUUCAAAUCGGAUUCAGGUGGGAGGAGGCGAUCAUGAACACUUCCACCCGUCGCGAGUACUCUUGGGCGAAUGGCGAAUUAGAAGCGGGCGCACUUGGCAGGAUGGGAUCCAUGACAGGGAUGCUGCAGCAAGUCAAGUCGCACUAG